UUAUCAUCGCUGGCCAGCUGUUGGUGGAAAGAGAGAGGAAAGCGGAGUUCGAAUAAAGCGACAGACGGUUAAUUAAUAUCAUUCGGAAUCAGAAUCAGACAAAUAGCAAACUCCUCAGAACCGGAAAAGAUGUCGAAGUUUCUGGGCGUGCCGCUGAAGAAGCCGUCGGAAGUAGAUGUGGUCAAGCCGCUGAACAAUCUUAUCCAGAGCACCUACAAUGGAGCAACGGAGGAGGAGAAGUCGAAAUAUGCAGAGGCCGUAAAUGAGUUUUCGAAACAACGCAAUACGGCAAUUUGGAAAUUCUUCGAGAAGUACGAGGCUUCACUUGAGAUUGUUUAUGCCUAUUAUGACCAGAUUUGUGCUCUGGAAACAAAAAUAUCUGUAAGCGAACUGCAGAUACCCUUUAAAUGGAAGGAUGCUUUCGACAAGGGCUCCAUUUUCGGCGGCAAAAUCAGUCUAACACACACCUCCCUGCUAUACGAGAAGGUAUGUGUCCUGUUCAACAUUGCCGCCUUGCAAAGCAGCAUCGCUGCGAACCAGCCGUUGGAUUCGGAUGAGGGCCUCAAACUGGCCAUCAAGCUGCUGCAACAAAGCGCGGGCAUCUUCCAGUAUCUAAAGGGAGCCACGCCGGCGGCGGUGCCAUCAGAGCCCACGCCCGACCUCAGCCAGGAUACUCUCACCGUACUCCAAGCUUUGAUGGUCGCCCAGGCUCAAGAGGUGUUCAUCCUAAAGGCCAUUAAAGACAACAUGAAGGACCAGAUCAUCGCGAAGCUGUGUUGUCAGGCGGAGGAGUUCUAUGCUGAUGUUCUCCGUGCCAUGCAAAAGGAGUCGGUGCGCAGUUUGUGGGAGAAGGAGUGGAUACCCACUGUGGCUGGAAAGCAGGCCGGUUUCCAUGCCCUCACCCAGUUGUACCAGAGUCUCGUAUGCCGCGCCUCCAAGAAAAUCGGCGAGGAAAUCUCACGCUUGCGAAAUGCCAUUGAUCUUUUCAAGGCGGCUCAGUCGCGUGGCGGAAACGAAACCUAUUUGGACGAAUACUUUAGCCGCGCCAAACGCAAUCUGGCUGAGUCCACCAAGGACAACGAGUUCAUCUACAACGAAAUUAUUCCCGAUAUAAGUACUUUGGCUUCCCCAGGCAAAGCUCAGUUGGCUAAACCUCUACCCAUCGGUGUGCCAAUGGCGGCAAACUUUAAGGACAUCUUCACCAGCCUGGUGCCCGUUGAGCUGCAUCGCGCUUUGACUGCCUCCGAUAUGCGUCGCAACGAGAUCGUGAAUGUGGAAAUUAUGAAGCUGCGUGAAUCCACGCAGACCUUGAACGCCGUGCUGGCCAGUUUGAAUUUACCUGCUGCUGUGGAAACAGCUGAUGGCAACAGUGGACUUCCACCGUCUCUUAAAGAUAAGGCCACUGAGGUUCGUCAAAAGGGCGGGAUUGAAAACAUUCAGUCUUUGCUCAAGGAUCUUCCUGAGCUACUGAGCCGCAACCGCGAGAUUUUAGACGAGACCGAGCGUUUGUUGGACGAAGAAAGAGAUUCUGAUAACCAGUUAAGGGCACAGUUCAAGGAGCGCUGGACUCGCCUUGGAUCCGAUAAGUUGACGGAGGUGUUCCGAACAAACGCGAAGAAGUACCGCGAGGUCAUCACCAAUGCCAUCGAAGCCGACAAAGUGGUUCGUCAAAAGUUCGAGGCCAAUCAGAAGGGCAUCCAACUGUUGUCCUUGCCUCCCGAUCAAAUCCAGCAAUCCCUUCCCUCGGCCAGCGGCAGUGUGGAUCCCAAUUGCUCCAGCGUGCAGCGCCUUAAGAAACUGAUGGACGAUGUGGAGACCAUCAAGGCAGAACGCGAGGCCAUCGAGUCGGAGCUGAAGGGAGCCACGUUUGACAUGAAGGACGAGUUCUUGAUCGCUCUGCAGAAGGAUGGGGCUAUCGAUGAGCCUGCCCUAUCGUUGGCUCGAAUUGGCCAGGUGCUCAAUCCCCUGCAGCAGCAGGUGCGUGAAAGUGUUGGCCGUCAGCAGUCUUUGGUUGCCGAUAUUCAGAGCGCCCACGGUGACUUUGUCUCCGAGACGGGAAGCUGCGGCAGUUCGCGGGACACUUUGUACCAGGAACUGGCCACCGCUUACGAUAGCUACAUAGAGCUUACCGGAAACCUACAGGAGGGCACCAAGUUCUACAACGACCUCACCCAGUUGCUGGUCGUGUUCCAGAACAAGAUCAGCGACUUUGUGUUCGCCCGAAAAACGGAGAAGGAGGAGUUGCUCAAGGAUCUGACCACAGAGUCCAGUCGCCAGGCUUGUCCCGCCACUCCGGCACUGCCCUCGCACUUUGCCUCCACUUCGGGUAGUGGCAGCGAUAUUACACCUGGCUCCGCACCCAGUGUGCAGCCAGCGGCACCGGCGGCCAACAUUCCGUAUCCGGCCCAGGUGCAUGGUAUGCCAGUUCCCUACGGAGCCCAGCCCGGUAUGCCCUAUCCAGCCUACGUGCCCGCGCCCAUGCCGCAGAGCUUUAAUCCGUACGCCACCUUGCCGUAUCCUGGCAAUUAUCAGUACCAGGGGUUCCCGCAGGGACCUCCACCCGGUCACUAUGGCACCUAUCCCGGCAGCUAUGCUAACCAGCAGGGCGGCUAUCCCAACCAGAAGCCACCGGGCUGGUAAACGACCCACUAGCCUAGCAAGUUCAUGUCCACAUGUGCACAGCAUGUUCCGCCCAAGGGUCAAUCGCAUGGCAGAGCCUCAGAUGAGUCUGGAUGGUGGAGAGGCGAGAUGGAUGGUAUUCGGCAUUUAAUGCUCCGUGUUCUGGUUCUGUUUAGAAAUUGUAUCAUACAUGUUGAUGGCUUAUUGGAUUUUAAUCUCAUAUAUGCAACAAUAUUAUCACGUAUCACAGUAAACAAAGUUCUGUCUCUAAAA